AUGGCUGUCGCACUACUUGGAAGACACGAGGUGUGUGGCAGCCAUAGGUGGGAAGGCCGCUCGCCAAUUUUGCUAUUGAAGGAUCUGGAGCAUUCUUUGACCCAGGUGUGCUCUCCACUGUGGGUGCUGCUGCGGUGGUUGUGCCCACGACGCAGAAGUACUGUUGACUUGUAUAUGUGUGGGUGCCCUUGCACCAUUUGGGUGCUGUUGCACCAUUUGGGUGCUGGACCCCGCUGCUUUCUAGCGUCACCUGAGUUGUGGAGGCAGUGUGUGGCUUGGGUGAUGUUGUGGGAGCUGCAGACAUGUGGCAUGCCAGGCAGUUUUCUUAAGGUUGAGAUGAAAAGAGAAUGUCUGGGAUACAAGGUGUCGAUUCUCCUAACAGCACGGUUCUGUGAUGGGAAGGCAUCGGCAUUCCCCAGUGGUGAACGACGGUCGGCAAGUAGCACAAUUGUGAACAGAAACAUGCGAAGUCACAAAGAUGGCCAAAAUCAACGGCGGGUUGGCAGUUGA